AGACUCCUCUGUUGCCGGCAGACGCCACCUUUUUUUCCCGACGUUCCUCUUUGCGGCGAGCCCUCUCCUCCGGUCGGCAGCCGCCGCUUCGCCGCUCGGGUUGCGCUCGCCGUCUUCGUUCUUGCUGCGCCGCCAUGGCCUCCUACAGCAAGUUCCUCACCGCGCGCUACUCCACCGUGGCCGGCACCGCCGCUGCCGCCUGCGCCCUGAUUUGCCUGAUCAACAAGCGGCGGAAAGCUGCCGCGGCUGCCUUGCACGGAAAGAAAAAUGGAAAAAAUUUAUCCAGCAAUGAGAAAGAAGUCAAAAAAGAACGAGCUGUAGUAGAUAGAGUAUUUCUUGCAAGAAUUUGUCAAAUUCUGAAAAUUAUGGUCCCCAGGACAUUUUGUAAAGAGACAGGUUAUUUGAUACUUAUUGCCAUUAUGUUGGUACUUCGUACAUAUUGUGACAUCUGGAUGAUUCAUAAUGGAACAGUUAUUGAAAGUGCAAUCGUAAGCAGGGAUCUGUCGCUAUUCAAGAAUUUCUUUCUUAAAUUUGUAGUUUCCAUUCCACUGAUUUCCCUAGUGAAUAACUUCUUGAAAUACGGACUAAAUGAACUUAAAUUGUGUUUCCGUGUCCGACUUACCAAGUAUCUUUAUGAGCAGUACUUACAGAGUUACACAUUCUACAAAAUGGGCAAUUUGGACAACAGAAUAGGCAAUCCUGAUCAGCUACUUACACAAGAUGUUGAAAAAUUUUGUAACAGUGUAGUGGACCUAUAUUCAAACCUCAGCAAGCCAUUUCUGGAUAUUGUUCUAUACAUCUUCAAACUAACAAGUGCAAUAGGAGCACAGGGCCCUGCUUCCAUGAUGGCCUACUUGAUUUUUUCAGGCUUCUUCCUUACACGCUUAAGAAGACCUAUUGGUAAGAUGACUAUUACAGAACAAAAAUAUGAAGGCGAGUAUAGAUACGUCAAUUCACGGCUCAUCACAAACAGUGAAGAAAUUGCAUUUUAUAAUGGGAAUCAAAGGGAAAAACAGACGAUUCACAAAGCUUUUCACAAACUGGUAGAGCACCUGCACAAUUUUAUUUUGUUCCGGUUUACAAUGGGCUUUAUAGACACGAUUGUUGCUAAAUAUCUUGCAACCGUAGUUGGCUAUUUGGUGGUUAGCCGUCCAUUUUUAAACUUGCAUCAUCCUCGUCAUCAGAAUAGCACCCAUGCUGAACUUUUGGAGGAUUACUACCAAAGUGGAAGAAUGCUACUGAGAAUGUCUCAAGCCCUUGGCAGAAUAGUUCUAGCUGGCCGUGAAAUGACUCGAUUGGCUGGCUUCACAGCUCGAAUUACGGAAUUAAUGCAAGUUCUGAAGGACCUAAACAAAGGGAAAUAUCAACGAACCAUGCUAACCCAAGACAAAGAAUUGGACUUAAAAGAAACUACCCCGUUGAUUCCUGGAAUGGGACAGAUUGUCAUAACAGAUAACAUUAUCAAAUUUGAUCACGUUCCAUUGGCAACACCAAAUGGCGAUAUGUUGAUUAAAGAUCUCAACUUUGAGGUGCGAUCCGGUGCAAAUGUUCUUAUUUGUGGGCCAAAUGGAUGUGGAAAGAGUUCUCUCUUCCGUGUCCUUGGUGAAUUGUGGCCUUUGUUCGGUGGCUGUCUAACUAAACCCGAGAGAGGAAAGUUGUUUUACGUUCCUCAGAGACCAUAUAUGACACUAGGGACGUUGAGAGACCAAGUAAUUUAUCCAGACACUAUAGAAGAUCAAAAAAAGAAAGGCAUCUCCGACCAGGUGUUAAAGGAAUAUUUAGAUAAUGUCCAGCUGGGUCAGAUCUUGGACCGUGAAGGAGGCUGGGAUAGUAUUCAAGACUGGAUGGAUGUUCUCAGUGGAGGAGAGAAACAGAGAAUGGCGAUGGCUAGAUUAUUUUACCAUAAACCCCAGUUUGCAAUUCUGGAUGAAUGUACUAGUGCCGUUAGCGUUGAUGUGGAGGGAUAUAUCUACAGCCAUUGUCGGAAAGUUGGCAUCACUCUCUUCACUGUUUCUCACAGAAAAUCACUUUGGAAGCACCAUGAUUUUUAUCUUCACAUGGAUGGAAGAGGAAACUAUGAGUUCAAGAAAAUUACUGAAGAAACAGUUGAGUUUGGUUCGUAACCCCCAGCCCUGCCAACAACAGCCAUGACUGUUAACAAUAUUGGACUUGGAAAACGUACAUUAUGAUGUAACAAAGUGACUUGACUUACUCUUUAAAUUGAUUACUAGGAAUACGAUAAUAAGGUGUCAGUGCAUUUAUUAUGUAGAAUAUUACUAAUUUGUGUUCAUGUUGGUUUAAUUAUUAAUAUGUUCUAAGAAUGUUCUUAUUCUUGUGUUUUUUUAAAAAAAAAUCUGCCUAAAUUAAAUUGGGCUUAAAUCACUGAAAUGUUGAUUCAUCCUGGGAUGUAAACCUGUCUGAAGUCAACUAAUUUGACUUCUGUUUGACCAUACUUCCUCUGGGGAAGGCCCUUAUUAAAAUUAGUUUCACUACCUCUUCUGUACCCACUACAAUAGACAUUAAUUUCUAUGUCAAAUCCUUAUAUAUCAGUUCAUUAUAUGUACUCUUUUCACGAUAAGAUAUUACUGUAACAUUUUACAGGGCAGUUGGCCUUUAUAUUAGUGAUGGCUGUGGAGACAGUUCUUGCAGCAAUAUGCUGCAUAGAUGUGAAAAAGGACCCUUAGAAUUUCUUUGCAAGAGAUAAACUCAAUCCAACAUUCUGUGGCCAUUACUAGUCACUAUCCUUUCCAUUUUUUUUCCUACUCAGCACAAAUAAAAUAACAAUAUUCCAUUUGGCCUUUAUAUUCCAAUUUUAGAAGGACAAAUAAGAGGAAUGAGAAUGGGGAAAAAAUUAAAGAAGAAGGAAAUAAAAUAAUUCCCAAAUCCUUGUUAUGGAAUAAAGAUCAUGGACAUUCUCACUUAUGAGAGGUCUGAUCCCUUUGUAAUAUGUAGAAUGUAAUGUGCAAAUUCUAAAUGAAAUGCCAUACAUAUCUGCCACAAGGAUUUGGAUUUUUCGGACAAGAUAUUUGCUUACUGCACAUUUUUGUACCUGGCAUGUAGGUCUAUGAUAUGUGUAUGCAUGGGGGGGGGGUUGUUUUUGUUUUUACAAAAAUGUAAAGUAUGUAAUGCCAGAGACACAGCAGUUCAGAGUCACCAAGAAACAGUUCAGAAUCUUUUAGAACUAUUUUAUAGUUAUUACUUGAAAAAAUGUUUGGUUUUCUGUCAAUUACUUUUAUAAAAAUAAUACAACUGCUUAAAUAUAAAUAAGCACUUUUGAAACAGGUUAUGUGGUAAUACUUGCAUAUGAUGAUUAUAAAUUAUUGUCCAGAUUUAUUGACAUAGAUGGGACCGGAAGAUGUGAGUUGAUUAGUCUGGCUACGUAACUGAUUAUCAUUCUUACAAGAAUUCUUUAAAAACUGCUACAUGACAUGAUUUUAUCUCAACAAUAUAAUAUCCAUACGCACUUAACAUGACGGCAAGCACUACAUGCAAAAUAAAUGUGGUUGGUGUUUUUUCCCCCCUUUGCUUAAAAUCAGCAUUUGUUCUUAAUAAUUAGUCAAACAUUAAUUAUCCCUCUUUCACAGGAAAUCUAGAAUUUGUCAAACUUCCAAAUAGGUCACCAGAUUUGAUAUUGUUCCAAAAAGUCAGUGUUUCUAAAUGCCAUUGUUUUCAUGUGUGCUGGGUAAAUGGAUGGAGAAUUGGGUUAGGAGAAAUUAUCUUGAGAAAUGCAAAAAUAAUUGUUAAAUAACUAUUUUCAGAUUAAAUGUUAAUUAACCAGUUUUAAUUUAAAUGUUAAAUAACUAACAUUGCCCUUUUAUAAUUGCUUCAAUUUUUUUCUAAAAGCUGAUAUUGGUAAUAUUAGUUGAUAGGAGUUUGCAGACAAUGCAUCAGAACGUAUCAUAAUCUGAAACAAGCAUUCCAAGCAGCGUGAUUAUGAUAUCAAUUUAUAAUAAAUAAAUUGCUUGGAAUGGUUGUUUCAGAUUGGACAGAAAUCUGACUUCAGGAAUAAAUAAAUCUGAUCUGAAUUUGGUUUCCAUGCUUCUGGUGAAAACUUUUUCCAUAUAUGAUCUUUUUUUUUUUCUUUGUGUGGCUACUGAAACCAGCUUUCUCAAGAAAUUCCUAAGAAAAACUGCUAUUGUUAAAAUACAUAUAUAUCUUUUUAUGGGAAAUCUGGGCUAAAAGCGAGAAAUAGCAAAAAAAAAAAAAAAAGGCAUGUGUGUUUUUCUUACUAAAUGGAAAGCAUAUAGCAUUUUUUGUCGAAAAUCCAGGAUUGCCUAAUAGCAGCAUUUUUCAUAGAGUCAGACAUUGCAUUGCUUGUGGAGUAGAGUUAGUUGUUUACUCUUCAGUCUGUCUUCAGCCCCGACAACCCUAAAAUCUUCUCUGAAUCUAGAAGAUUUUGAGGCAGAUAAUCUGUUGGGAAGAACUCCACAUUCUGUGAAGAAAAAGCAUUCCUACUUAUGGAAACUCUCCAUUGAAUUUUACCCACCGGGCACAGUUUUUUUUUAAUGUUAUCUCUCAGAGCUGAUUAACUUCAGUAACUAUUAAUCAGUGAUAGAGCUGGUUGAUUUUCUUCAGUGCUACAUGAGACCCUUUCAUUAAAUUCAAGUUUCAUAACUUUUAUUCAGAGAGCAUCAAGAAUCAACCUGCCCCAUGAGAAAAACUAGUAUGAAGGUAAAAGUAACCGGAGCUGGGCUCAAGGGGAGAAAAAUUGUUAAGAUUAUGCUUUUCAUCUAUAAUGGUUAAAGGUUAUGAAAAAUGUUCCAUGACAGUCUUGUCAUGGUCAUAUGUUUUGAUUAAUACUGUUAACAAUUUAUUAAACUGGAAAUGUUGGUAUGAUGUAAAAGUCAACAAGAAUGAAGCAUCGCCAUUCUUUAUACCAUGUUUAGCCUGGUAGUAUUUUGUACUGUAGUUGAUCACAAGAGACUCUCAUUUCAGUGGGAAAUAAUUGCAGUAAUUUGUUAUUUUAUAGCUUGUAAAGUCAAUUAGAAGGAAAGGCAUAUGUACGAUUUUUCUAUAUAAGUGCCUCUGGAUAAUAAAAUUGACACAUAUUGACUA